GAACGAUGCACGACGGAGGCAACACGCUCACGAGUCGGGGCUCGACGCCGAGCUCGAAGGACAAGGAUCUAGAGGCCGGCGCACCUCGAGCUCGUCGUGCUUCUGCCUCAGCACAAGCUCGUGGUGUUAAGCGACCCGUGUGGCAUUACGUGGUCCCUCUUCUGGUGGUACUGACGGUGGUUUAUUCCUUCUCGGGGAACACGGAAGACAAGAGCCUGGCGAGUGUCGAGAAUAAACCCUCUAUCAAGGAAUGGUCGGUCAAGACCCCAGAACCGGUUAAUGCACAACAAUUAACCGAUAAGGAUGAUACUCAAAUGCAAGAGCGACAAUCAUUCUCCAAGGACAAAGGAAUCAUCAUGUGCAUGCACAAUGGCGCUGUCCCCAUGGGCCUCUCCUUGGUCCGGGAACUCCGUUGUUUGGGCAAUCAGGAGGUUAUCCAGAUCUACCACUGCUUUCCCGAGGAAAUGUCCAAUACUUCCCGCACUUUACUGCUCGAAGCGGACAAUAACCUCGAAAUUGUGGACGUCUGCAGUGAUUUAGUAGCCAAAGGAAAACUAACCGAAGACCGGGCAAAGCACUUCCGAAGCUGGUGGAUCAAACCACUAGCCAUGUAUCAUACCGACAUUAAGGAGGUCUUACUACUGGACAUCGAUGAUAUCUUCUUGCGGGACCCAGCAGUGUUAAGAACAACCGAGGGAUACAAGAAAACAGGCACGACGUUCUUCUAUGACCGAGUAUUGUCAAGUAAAGAAUUCUUUAACCAAGAUGUGGACGGAGAGCAAUACCUUAGAAAAUUACUGAAGGAGUUUGACUAUGCCAAGUACGGACUACCGAUGGGAUCCACUCCUUCAAAGCAUUUGAGCCCCCAAACGUCAUACGCUUGGCGUCGACAGACGUCGCAUGAGCAGGACUCGUCAUUAGUGGCGAUCGAUAAGUCACGAGCGGGGAAAGCCAUGGAGAUCAUGUUCUUCCUUAUCACAGAACAGCAUUUUGUUCAUGAAUUCUCGUACGGAGACAAGGAGACAUUCUGGAUCUCGUAUGAACUGGCCAAACAGGAGUAUUUCUUCUCUCCUUGGGGUGUCAGCGACAUCUCGUCGUCUACGAACAAGGAUCUGGAGAAACACGAGGACUCGUUGUGUGGCAGUAUCGUGCAGUACAUGCCGGUAGAAGACGAAACUUCGGAGGUUUUGUAUGUCAACGGCAAGGCACUGCUGAAUCCGUUCCCUGUGCCGAUGGAUAAGUUAGGCACUGCUACCCACAAUGUGCUGUUUAAUACAAACCCAACGCACGUCACGCCUCGGCAGCAGCGGAGAGGGAAUGGACGCACCAAAACAAAUUACAAAGGGGGUUACGCUAUGGAAUGUCUGGUCGGGUUCGGCUCCGAGCCAAUGCCGUCCAAAUUUGCACCUCAGUUGCUGCGGCGGCGUAUGUUCUACUUUGGUAUUCGAAUGGGAGUGCUUUCAGCACUGGAUCAGUGCUUCCCCUUUGAUGGAAUGAAGUAGAGUUUAAGUGCGGCUUAAUCACUGUUGUUCCUUCAAAUUCAGCGUGAACGUGCAUGGACCUCGUGGCUCGACAGCCGAGUUGUUGUGCAAGAAGGGACAGUGGACGUACGAAAAGAGCACAACAAUUGAAUGGAUCGCACAACCACAAAAACGAUCUCGACACGAUAUGUUAUUGGACUAGUUUUCUGCUUAACAGCGAACACGAAUACGUGUUCUUGUAUCAGCAGAUACAUGGCUCUUUCGUAGUUCGAAGUGCGUGCGCAAGCAAGUUCAGUACAGUGGGCGGCUAGAGACACAGGUCGACAAGGUCAUUGGGGUGGCGUUAGCUUGUACUUAAAGUUAAAUGACAGCCAUAUUCCAUUCCAAAAAAAAUAUAAUAAUCAGUACAGUCGGGUGACCUUAUGUGAAGUUCGCUGCAGUAUCAGCAUGAAUGGAAGGGCUCAGUGCCGAGCUCCGCAAUUGCAA